UUCCCUCCUCUUUAUGGGCGUGUCCGUGCUUUCAUUUAAGAGCCUUGUGAACGAGGGACGCACCACAGAAGAGGACGAGAAGCAAUGGCAACAACUUUGCAGUGUGAGACGAGUCGUCCAACGUAGGACACAUGGACUCCAAGAGCAUCAGGAGGAUGGCCACUUUUCUUCCACUUCUCUGCGCUUGUCUGCUGGGAGCUUCUCCAGUUGCAGGCUACUUCCUGGGGGACACCAAGGCGGUUCUGAACGGCUGCAAAGACCACUGGACCCUGCAGGACAGGACGCCCAUGCCCUUGCUUUUCCACAUGACCGUGUGCGUGGACGUGCGCAUGGUGGACCCCGGUGCCUGGGUGGCCUUCUCAUACAGCUCCACCCAUUUGCCCAAGCCCGAUUUGGGCCUGGAGGGAGACAUGGGGGCCCUGUACGGGUGGCUGCUCGGGGUGAGACAUCGCUUCCCUCUUAGUCUCACCCUGAAUCGCUGGUAUCGCGUAUGCUUGAGGAAGAACGAUAAAUCCUUGAGUCUGGAGCUUGAUGGACGUUUGGUGGCGGAGCGUACCGUUUUCGCCAACGCUAUCCCUCCAUCGGGCUCCCUGUGGCUGGGUUGUCGACCCCGACAAGUACCGGCCGGGGGGGCGGCACUGGGCCGGGUGGAGGUCUACAUGUUCCGCAUGUGGGCGGACCUGGCUCGUCGUGGCUUCUGCGAGGACGGUGACGUGAUUGGCUGGGACGCACACUUCUGGGGCGUGACCAGUCCUCGGGCCCGGCAGAGGGACCCCAACCUCCCUUGUGUUUCAACAUCUACGGUUGGCAGCCUCCGUCAAAGUGAGCCUCCGUCAGUAAAAGUGACCUUACCUAUGACUCCACCCACAACAACGCCUGGUCCUCUUGUGGUGGCCACCAGUGCAACUGUCCCAAUUAGCACUUUGGAAACGCCCUCUAGCUCCAGCCUGGCCAAUCAGGUGUCAAGCAGCACCCUUGCUAUUCCUACAAAGUUUGCCGCUGAAACCACACCAACAACAACGCCCCGCCCACUCAUGAUGACUACGACAGAAGUCCUAAGUGGCACGUUAGCCCCGCCUUCGAGCCCCAGCCUGACUAAUCAGGUGUCAAGCAGCACCCUAGGCCCUCCUACAAGGUCUCGUCUGUUUGCCGCCCAAACCACAGCCACAACAACGGCCCGCCUACUCGUGGCGAUAAGAACAGAAGAAAUAACUAGCACUUUAGUCCCGCCUUCUAGCCCCAGCCCGACCAAUCAGGUGUCAAGCAGCACACAGGCUCCUCCUACAAGGUCUCCCCUCCGUGCUGCCCAAACCACACCCACAAUAACGCCCCACCCACUCAUGGUGACUACAAGUACAGAAGACGUAGCUAGCACGUUAGCCCCGCCUUCUAGCCCCAGCCCGACCAAUCAGGUGUCAAGCAGCACCCUCGAUCAUCCUACAAGAUCUCCCCUUCCUGCUGCCCAAAUCACAUCCAUAAUAACGCCCCACCCACUCAUGGUGACUAGAAGUAAAGAAGAUGUAACUAGCACGUUAGCCCCGCCUUCUAGCCCCAACCCGACCAAUCAGGUGUCAAGCAGCACCCAGGCUCCUCCUACAAAGUCUCCCCCAACUGCUGAUUAUAGCACACCCACAACAACACCCUGCCCAAUCUUGGUGACAGCAGAUGAAGAAGUCCUAACAAACACAUCAGAACCACCUAAUAAACCCAGCCCGACCAAUCAGGUGUCAAACAGCACCCAGGACCCGCCUACUAGGUCUCUCCCAACUGCUGCCCAAACCACACCCACAACAACGCCUCGCCCAAUCACAGCGGCAACAUCAACAAGCAGUGAAGCUCCAAGUGUCAUGUUAGACCUGCCUUCUAAUCCCAGCCCGACCAAUCAGGUGUCAAGCAGCACCCAAGCUCCUCCUACAAAGUCUUCCCCACCUUAUGACCAAAUGACAUCAGGGCACGGCCUCUGUGACUGCAGUGUUUCCUGCAACACGACAAGUCAGUUCUUUGCUUUGGGCUUUAAUGUCAACAGUGCUUCCGUUAAUGUGGACGCACUACAAAGAUUGUUGUCAAAGCUUCCAUGUAGCCCCAUGUCAGGGUGUAAAAACUACCCAGAUAUACUCAAGUACUUCCAGGGUGUCCAUCUGGAAUGUGACGGCACCCAUGACAGGUUGAACAGCUGCAUGGUGAUAGUAGAAGUAUCCGGUCCGAUCGACAGCUGCUCGCUCGGGCCGCUCGUGAAGGAGGUGAUUGGAAGUUACGGCGGCGUCACCAAUCAAACGUCGCUGUCACGCUUGGUGCUGUGUGGGUCUCCCGGCGUGCCGCUUCAUCAUCUCCUGGCUUCCAACCUGAGCUGGUCUCCUCAUGACCUGCUGAUGUCGGACAUAUGCCGCCAUGAUGCUGCUCCGCUCCGAUGUACGACCACCCAAACUCGUGCUCUGCUCCUGGCUGACAGCUGCCCUCCUUCGCUAACGCUUCCACCCGCUCCCAUCGAAGAAGCGACGUCCACUGCUGCCACCGAUCAUGACGAGGGAUUUGCCAACACGGCCGCCACAGCUGGUGCUGCCUUCACUGACAGCAACACACGUCAACAAAACACCACACAGGCCUUGCUGGUGGACACUAAAACUGCUGACGACUUGCUGGAGAGUUACAGUGUGACUACAGUUAGCGGUCAAUGGACAAACGUAACGACACUUUCCUCGCCUGAUGCAACAGUCACCGCAACAGCGCUUCAUCUGACUGUAGCCAGCACCGCUGGGAAUGGAAACAACAGCACCCCUAAUGUGCCAACACACUUACUCAAUAUAACAACCUCCACUUCUACUACCAGCCAUACAGCGUCUCAGGAACCGCUGCAGAACUCAACCCUUCCUGAUACCACCCGAACAUCGGCGACAACAUCUGGCAACAAAGCCGCCCCUUCGACUGCUCUCCCCACAUCCACGCCGCUGACCGACCGCACCACCAUCAACUCCAACAUGACAGCCAACAACAACGACAGCACGUCGUCCAUAUUUGACAGCAAUUCAACCAAUUACUCCAAAUUAACGCCUCGUGAACGUACCCUGAUGAUGACCACUGAGACGUUUCCUACCCAAAAUAAUGCCGCAACGCUGAGAACACCUGUGACGUCCACGUUGUCUUCUGGGACCAAGAAGAACCUGGAGGAGCAAGCGGACAAACUUCUGGAAAGAACACAAGACGCAUCGAAGCUCAACUCCUCGCAGGUGGCAGAUGUGGUAGAGCAGCUGGAGAAACUUCUGGAUGCUGCCACCAUCUCCCAAGCGGUGGGCAGGAAAGCCAUCAGCAUCGUGAGCUCCCUGAUGGAAAGUGACCCACGCGCCCUGUCAUCGUCCGCCAACAGGAUCAUUCAGCUGGUGGAGGACUUGGGUCUCAAGCUGAUUGUAAGAGGCGUCUCUGUGGUCCUCUCUUCCGGUUCUCUGGUUCUGGCGGUGCGAAAAGUGGAUGGAAGAAACUUCCCAGAGAUGUCCAUCAACAUCUACAACACUGAUGAUGUUCAGCUAAGCGGUCUCAGCGGGUCCGAAUCCAGGAAGAAGGACUCCACCAUGGGGUCUGUGUACCUGCCUUCCUCCAUCGCUGAGGGCUUGAGUCCUGAAGAGCAGAGGCAGGUCAAAAGGGUCCAGUUCACCUUCUACACCAAGCCCAUCCUGUUCCAGGAUGGCACACUGAGCAACCGGACUGUGGUCAGUUCAGUUCUGGCGUCCAGUGUCACCAACCUGUCCAUUAGCAACCUGGCUGAGAACAUUAGCUUUACCAUUCGGAACCUACAUCCUCUACAUGCGAACUAUGAGGCCGUUUGUGCAUUUUGGGACUUCGCUAUGAAUGAUGGUGCAGGAGGUUGGAGUUCGGACGGCUGCUUUGUGGUGAACUCCACUCCAUGGGGGACGACCUGCACCUGCGACCACCUCACCUCCUUCGCCAUUCUGCUGGACCUCUCCAGAGAGGGGAUACGAGACCCCCAGCAGGCACAAAUUCUCACCUUCAUCACCUAUAUCGGCUGCGGCAUUUCGGCUAUUUUUCUUGCCGCCACCUUACUGACUUACCUUUCCUUUGUGAAGCUGUUGAGGGACAUUCCAGCCAAGAUCUUGGUCCAGCUCUGCUUCUCCCUCCUCUUCCUCAACCUGGUCUACCUGCUGGACGGCUGGCUGGCGCUGUAUCCGGCCCCCGGCCUUUGCAUCAGCACCGCCUUCUUCCUGCACUACUUCCUGCUGACCUCCUUCACCUGGGCCGGGCUGGAGGCCCUGCACAUGUACCUGAGCAUCGUGCGGGUGUUCACGCCGUACCUCAGCAGAUACAUGCUCAAGUUCUCGCUCGUUGGCUGGGGUGUUCCUCUCGUGGUGGUGGUUGUGGUCAUCUCUGUGGACAGAGACAAUUAUGGUCUGGUUAAAUAUGGAAGGUACACAGAUGGCACCUCUGAUGACUUCUGUUGGCUGCGUAACGACACGGCCUUCUAUGUGGGCGUGGUGGCCUACUUCCUGCUCAUCUUUGCGUCGUGCCUGCUGGUCUUCGUGGUGGUCAUGGUCCAGCUGUCCCGCAUCAAGAGACAGAACCCUCACAACCAGUCCCCUCACCGGGGCUUGGCCACCGACCUCCGCAGCAUCGCCGGCCUGGUGGUGCUGCUGGGCCUGGCUUGGGGCUUUGCUCUGUUCGCCUGGGGGCCGCUCUACCUGCCCUUUGUCUACCUCUUCGCCAUCUUCAACUCCCUGCAAGGCUUCUUCGUCUUUGUCUUCCACUGCGCCUGCAAGGAGAACGUACGCAGGCAGUGGAGAACCUACCUGUGCUGCGGUCGCCUGCGAUUGGCUGAAAACUCAGAGUGGAGUCGCACGGCCACGCGGGACAACAGGAACUUUUCGGCGACCACCUCAUCGGCCUCGGCUCCUCGCCCGCUGUCUUCACGAAGCUCCUCUGUCACCAGCAACAGCACCAACAGCAGCAGCUCCGUGUUUGUGGACAGCGGUUUGUCCGAUGGCUCCAGCAGUGACGUCAUCCUCAACGAGCUGCACAGACACACGGUGUCAUUUUAGAGCCACACCCACCUUUUGGAUGUCAGUAUUUGGACACGUGACCCCCCCAUCUUACACUAGAACAGACCUUUUUUUUUUUUUCUUCACUGUGCAGUUCCGACCUCCGCCACGAGAUGGCAGGAUAAGACUUCAGCAAAUCCCAUUCACAAGCUCGGCUUCACUUGAAUAAUUCUCUGCUUUGGAAUGAAGUCAUUAUUCCAUCAGAAGCUAAUCACUCGCUAGCAUUUAUUUAUUUCAUUGAAAUUGGAAGCUUACAGCCAAGCUUUAAAAAACUGCUCAUUUAGAUUUGAUUUAUCGGAGAACAUUUUCCAUCCAUAAUUCCCUGCUAAUGUUCAAUAAAGGAUUGAGGCAUAAUUACGUCCCUAUGGUGGGCCAUCAGCACUUAAUCCGGGUCAGGAGAAAGGUCCUUUAUGGCCUUGGGGGAGGUCGCUGCUGCCACCACAACACCUUUCAUUCUGUUGGAGAAAGGGAACAGCUCGCAUAUGCUUCUCUUCAGGCUGCCUGGAGGAUCAAAAAGAGGUUUAAUCGAGGAAGCGGUGGUCGUCAUGGCGACAAUAAUAACACUCAUAAAUCAUGUGGCAAACUUAACUUGCGAGUCACGGCCUCUCAAAAAGGUCCAUCGCUCCUUCUCGCCUUCUUUGGCUCCUUAGCGGACCUCUGGAGGCUCCUGUUGUUCACAGCGGGCUUCCGUGUGUCAACAAGAGUCUUAUUAUGGGAUGCUGCUGUCUCGGCAUCAGCAGGAAUAAAACAAAUUGAAGCCUCCUCCGGGGGCGAUCGGAUCAAUGAUGUAAAGUGCUCAAUGAGACGCUUGAUUGAUUGAAGGGAUUCACUGAAUCAGCAGGAAGACCAACAUAACAAGCUCCCAUUACAUUUUAAAGCGCACAUAAACCCAAAACAAAUGAUUAGGAGUGGUAUGGGGUCGAAAAACAACUACCAGAAACGCUCCAAUCAAAGCCCCUUUUUAUGAACCGCCGAGUCUCUCACAGUCGCAGGAUGCAUGGCCGACAAAAGCAAAUCACCAAAAAAACAUUCAAAGCUGUGGCUGUAGGCAACCUCCUUUUUUAAAAUGAACUCCACAAGAUGGCAUCAGCUGCACUGGGAGUAUCAUGGGUUGUUUUUUCUUUUGUUUUGUUUUUCAACGGCCACACAAGAUGGCGGUAGUCAGCAUCCGGCUCUAUCUACCUCUGCGUGCGCUUUAAAAUGCUGAACACCUCCGGGUAAAGGGAGAGACAAGAAAGAGGUGGGCGUGUGUGACGUUCAAGGAUAAACGAUGAUGACGUUAUGCCGCAGUGAGUCCGUCCAACAUGGCGGCACAUCGGCCUUUUCACAUUUAUCUUCCAGCUAACUUCUGUCAAAAAUCACGCCUUGGAACAGUGGCAUUUUCUGCCAUUUUGGGGUCCUGCUGGGACCCCCCACACCAGAAAAGUGCAGUGGAAUCAUUUAGUUUUCUUUCCGUCUUGCUUCCAUUGCUAUUUUCUGGUUUACAAAGUGAGGGAAACC